AUGCAAUCUGCAGACGAAGAGGAUCAGAAUCAAAAUAUGGAAUGCACUCAUUGUCCAAUCCAUUGCCCGAAGAAUGAGUCCAGUGAUCCAGACAACGAAGGCCUCCCGGAAGAAAAUGCAAAGGAUGGAGCUGAUAUCUUCGAGGCAGAGCAGGGAAGAGGUCGACUGAGUGGAACCGAUGGCUCCAGAGGUCGUCCCGGUGGAUCCGGACAAACUGGAACAGCAUUCUCAGGGAGUCAGCGGAAGUCCGGCCAAAGUGGAUCUACGAGCCGUAAAGGAUCUCAAAGCCCCUCUAAGAAAAGCAGCGCAGCCAGUGAAGAAGUAACUGAGAGCAGAGCGAGUCGGAAAAGAUCUCGAAGUACAUCUAAGAAGGGCAGCGCAGCUAGUGCGCAUGUUUCUGAGAGCGGAGCGGCAACCGCUGCAGCUUCUGCGACCGCGAGCAGAAAAGGAUCUCAAAGCCCCUCUAAGAAGGGCAGCGCAGCUGGUGCGCAAGUGUCUGAGGGCGGAGCGGCAACAGCUGUAGCUUCUGUGACCGCGAGCCGAAAAGGAUCUCAAAGCCCCUCUAAGAAUAGCAGCGCAGCUGGAGCGCAAGUAUCUGAGAGCGGAGCAGCAACCGCUGCAGCUUCUGAGACCGCGAGUCGUAAAGGAUCUCAAAGCCCCUCUAAGAAGAGCAGCGCAGUUAGUGAAGAAGUAUCGGAGAGUGGACCGGUAGCACCUUCCGCGCCUGGGACGGCGAGUCGAAAAAGCUCACAAGCAGGACGGAAAAGAAGCACGACUAGAAGUCCAUCAAAAAUAGAGAGCGUUUCGAAGAAAAGCAGAGUUGGGUCUGUGAGAAGUUCAGCGGCUCCAUCUGAAACCAGACGAAGUUUUAGUAACGCACGGGUUGCGUAUAAAAUAUGCAUAUUUCCGGACUGUGACGAUGAUCCGAUCGGUCAUUUUAUUGCUAGCAAGGCCCGCAAUGGAACAAAAACUAAGUAA